GAGGAGCUCAACGGAAAGCAAGCAAGGAAGAAGCCAUGACGGGCGAGGAAGGAGGAGAGCCAUCGACGGUGGAGCAGGCGGUGGCGAAGGGAUCCGCCGUCGGAGAAGGAGGUGGAGGGGGGAAGAAGGGGGGAGGCAGAGGAGGAGAAGGGCUGAAGAAGGGGCCGUGGACGCCGGCGGAGGACGCGAUUCUGGUGGAGCACGUGCGGCGGCACGGGGAGGGGAACUGGAACGCCGUGCAGCGGCACAGCGGGCUGGCCCGCUGCGGCAAGAGCUGCCGACUCCGCUGGGCCAACCACCUCCGCCCCAACCUUAAGAAGGGAUCCUUCUCUCCCGGGGAGGAGCUCCUCAUCCUCCGCCUCCACGCCCAGCUCGGAAACAAAUGGGCCCGCAUGGCUGCCCAACUUCCCGGAAGGACCGAUAACGAGAUCAAGAACUACUGGAACACCCGCCUCAAGCGGCGCCAACGUGCUGGUCUACCUAUCUACCCACCGGAGAUGCACGACGACGCCAGAUUAGACGGCCACCACCACCACGACCCGCAGCGUCAGGUUAAUACAACGUCGCCCGUAACGCUUCGGCAGCUCGCCGCGGAGCUCCCAUCUCUGCAGCUGCCCCCGUUGGUGGAUCCCAUCGCCUUCCGCCCUCUGUCGGGAAUCACUCUCUCCCCGUUCCCGCAGAAUCCAUUCGCCUCAGAGCUCGGUCUCGGGUUCCCGCCCUCACCCGCCUCCCAGCCACCCACCCCGACUUCUCUGUUCCAGCCGCCGCAGCAGCUAGGGUUGGGGAAUUACGCUAUGAAUCAGCCGCCACCAUUUUUGCCAGCGUUUGCCGUCAAAAUGGAGCUCCCUUCAUGCCAAUUGUUCGCUGAGCCCGUCGGCCGCAGCGACGAGCCGAGCAGUUGCGGCCUAUUAGAGGCUCUGCUGCAGGACACGCAAACCAUAGAGGAUAUGAAAAUUGCGGAGCUCUUAGAGCUGCAGGAGGCUGACGAGGAUGGCACGAGGUGGGAACAGCUUUUCUGCGAUCGCGGUAACGAUGGGGAAGGGAUUAACGAGACUUCUCAGGGCUGUUCUUCUGCCAAGUUCGAAGGCUUCGAUUGCUGCAUGGGAACAAAGAUCAGAAGUGAGCAACCGGGCGAUGCUAGUCUUGCGAAAGAUGACAUAGCCACACUACUUGAUAUCCCGGUAUCAACGAUGUCAAUGAUUCCUGACUGGUGCAAUAGCGAUGGCAGGGACAUUUCCAACGGGCAGUCAUUGGUCACGACGAGCGAUGAAAUCGGACUUGACAUACAUCAGUUGGCUUCUUCCCUCUCCGCCGGAUCCACAGAUCAAGACUGGAACAUCAGCUUGUGGCCAUGGAACAAUAUGCCAGGAAUCUGUUAGACCUUCAUGUAAAUGAGCAUUGGUUCUACAGUAAGGUUAGUUCAUACUGUGUAUGUUUACGGCAUGUAACUCAUUGUUCUAGACCUCAUAGUUGGAAGUAAGUUGCAAUUAAUUACUGUGUAUGAACUUGUACCAAGUGGUUGUGUUGGAUAGUAAGUAGUGAAAUCUGUGUUUCUUCGUUUUUACCAUGCACCAUAACCAGGAGUUCUCAACUACUGAACAAGUAACGCUUGAUUGGUUCUGAAAUCUCAUGUAUGUAAUCAAUGUUUGUAUCAAC